GUGAGCAGGCUAUAAGAAGUGAUGUUAGAUAUGUUUGGAUGGAAGGAUUUAUUCAGUACCAAAAACAAGAGCAACAAAACGCCUGUUUCUCUUUUGGUUGGCUAAUAACUUUGACAUCUAACUCACUCAAUUAUUUUCCAAUCCAUCAUCAGCUUCUUCUUCUUCUUCUUCUUCUUCUUCUUCUUUCAACAUCAUCAUCAUGGCUUCAUCAAACAGACACUGGCCUAGUAUGUUCAAGUCCAAACCUUGCAAUGCUCACCACCAGUGGCAGCACGACAUCAACCAAUCUCUCAUAUCAUCUGGUUGCCACAGACCCUCUUACACUUCAGUUCCAGGUGGGUGCGAGGAGCGAAGCCCAGAGCCAAAGCCGAGAUGGAAUCCAAAACCGGAGCAAAUUCGGAUACUGGAAGCGAUCUUCAACUCAGGGAUGGUGAACCCUCCUAGAGACGAGAUAAGGAAGAUUAGGGCUCAAUUGCAGGAGUACGGUCAAGUCGGUGACGCCAACGUCUUUUAUUGGUUCCAGAACAGAAAGUCAAGAAGCAAACACAAACUUCGCCAUCUCCAACAAAACUCCUCCUCCUCCUCAAGACAACAACACUCUCAACAAACUCAUCCCUCGUCUAACAAUAAUAAUUCAAUUGCUUCCAUAACCGCCCCAUCUUCCUCUUCAUCUUCUUCUGAGAAAUCAUCUCCCAAAGCAGCAGCAGCAGCAGCACCACCACCACCACAAGCCAACGAGACAUUCUCGAUGGGGUUCCCGAAUAUUGUCGCCGCCGCCGACGUUUCGAACUCUCCGACUGCGUCGGUGAAUCAGACGUUUUUUCAGACCACACACAAUGACUUCUUAGCCGAACCAGCUUUCUUCUUCCCGGUGGUGCACCAGUCCAAUAAUACUGGUGGUGGUGGAGGAGCUGCUGGAUUCGGCUUCUCCGAGCUAUCGAAUGUGGAUCAUGUCUCUGAACACAACAUUAAUGGGCCUUGCACUAGUCUGUUGCUGAGCGAGAUUAUGAACCACAACCACCCCCACCACCACCCCCACCACCCUGGGGAAAAUUCAAAUAGAGAUCGGGAAAUUAGGAAGGUCAUGAAAAUGAAUCAGUCGCACUUCAAUUACGACCUUACCACCACAACUCCAUCUUCUAUUUCUGCUCACACUACAACCACUUCUUCUAUUGCUGCUGUUCCAUCCCCUAUGAAUCAUAUCCAAGUGUUGGCAGGCGUUGGGGAACAGGAGGAAGCAGUGGGUCCGGGUAGUGCGGCUAGAUCAACGGUAUUCAUCAACGACGUGGCGUUCGAGGUUGCUGCGGGACCCUUCAACGUGAGAGAGGCGUUUGGUGAUGAGGCUGUCCUCAUUCACUCCUCUGGUCAGCCCGUUCUCACCAACGACUGGGGUCUAACUCUCCACUCUUUGCAACACGGUGCAUUUUAUUAUCUGAUUUAGGAGCUUUUUGAACCUUGGAGAAGGAACAGCCAUGUCUGGUCAUUGUGCUUUUUCUCUCACUUUCUCUAUGAUUUUGCAUUAGGGUUUCAAUUACUUCUUAUAUAGGGUUUCAAUUACUUCUUAUAUAACUCCGUUGAAGGAGUGGUGGGCACUUUAAGAGUUGUUGGACCUCUAUGUAUUAUCAAUGUUUUCCUUCUCAAUCAAAAAUUAUAUAUAUUUUAUAU